AUGGAUGUCCCACAGAUCGACUCAACUUCAAGCAAAAUUAAGUUACAAAUGGGAGAGAAAUGGAGCCUCCCGUCACAGUCGGUCAGCAGAGAGCAGCAGCAGCAGCAGCAGCAGCAGCAGCAGCAGCGGCAGCAGCAGCAGCAGCAGCGGCAGCGGCAGCGGCAGCAGCGGCAGCGGCAGCGGCAGCAGAAGCAGCAGCAGCAGCGGCAGCGGCAGCGGCAGCGGCAGCGGCAGCAGCAGCAGAAGCAGCAGCAGCAGCGGCAGCGGCGGCAGCGGCAGCGGCAGCGGCAGCAGCAGCAGCAGAAGCAGCAGAAGCAGCAGCAGAAGCAGCAGAAGCAGCAGCAAAGAACUACAGACUUUUCUUUCUCUUGA